AUGGAAUCCGAUGGGUGGGAGGAGGUUAGCUCCGAGGGAAACAUCAAAGUCUGGCGCAGAUUUCUACCAGCAGACCUGGAGAUCGCGGGGCUGAAAGUUGGCUCGGCGUCAAAGUUUGCGUGCGUGAAGGCGACAGCUGUAAUCGAUGCCCCGCUAGAGAAAGUGUUCGAGCUGUUCACGGACAACGCUCGGGCCCACGAGUACAACGAGUACUGCAAGGAGAUCUUAGACCUCGAGUGGCUGAGUGAAGAUACCAAGAUCACGCAGACCCGGACCGGGAGGCCAUGGUCGAGAGAGUUUGUAACGCGCGUUCACUACCGCAGCAUCGGGGAGGAUGCCAAGUUGAUAGUGAACAGGGCGGAGGACCACCCGCUUGCGAAGCAUGCGCCGGGGUAUACGAGGAUGAACAUGCCUCUGGGAGCGAACCUGCUCAAGAAAGUCUCCUCGGACCCGAGCAAGACUGAGUUCACCCUAAUCACACACGUUGACCCUGGUGGACUUGCCAACACCAAGUUCGGUGCCAUGGUCACAAACCGACUGAGCACCGAGUCACCUCGCCAGUUCCUGGAGAAACUCCAGCAAGUCUCUUCUAGGUUAGAUGAGUGGUUGUAG